AUGCCGAGCGAGCAAGAUAAUCGGAAAAUCCUUACCGCCUGUCGCGAUGGAGACCGGCAGGCAUUGGAGAGCCUGCUCCGGGAAUUCGACAUCGGCCCCGACCACUGCCAGAUGUGGAUGAACCGGUCCAUCCCGGAAGAGCAGCAAACUCCUACAGUCCGCGAAAUGCUCGCAGCUGCUAUCCAAGGCCAGCACAUAGACAUGGUCAAGUUUCUGUUCUCGAAGUUCCACAACACCAGCUUGGGCACUCUGCUGGGCUCUGCCAUCAAGACGGGCAACGUCCAGUUUGUUGAGAGCCUGUGCAGCAUUGAUCCCGAUUCAGCCGACGCGGAGGAUGAUUAUAGCACUAUUCUUGUCGACGCCGUGACCUCUGGGGAUGAGAAGAUGGUCGGUAUCUUGCUCAAGGCGGGCGCGGACCCCAACAGGCCGGCAUGCCGGGCACUACCGUGGAAUGUGGCAUACUAUGCCGUGACCGGGGGGAAGCCAGCAUCGAUGUUUGAGGUGCUCUUCGAUCAUGGGUAUUUCAUCGAUCACUGGACCCUGCGUGAGGCUGUGGAGCGCGAGCGCCUGGAGAUAGUCGAGGUGCUUCUCAGGAGAGGGGAGGCCCUUCACUUACAGCAGGCAACCCCUGUGAAGGAGCUGCUAAGCCUGGCUGAGGAGAAUAAAGACUGGGAGAUGGUUGACCUGAUCCAACGUAUGCACCCAGACGGGCAAAAGAGACCGGGGAAGGGUCUUGUGAACAGGAUUUCCAAGCUCCUUCACUUGAAAUGA